CCCCCCCCCGCGUGCCAGCACACGCUAUAUCGGAGGAAGUCGCCAUACUAGUGUUCUCUUGCUCGAACUCUCUUUUCUUCUUUUUUUUUCAUUUUCACACGUGUUAUUUGUUGCGGUAGCUGGCGGCAAGCGGCUUCUGGUUUCCGAUCGCGCACUCCGCACAUUUUUCCUGGAGCGCAGUACACGAGUGCAGCUCGUCGCUUCCAGGCAACAUCGGGAACCGCUUUUCAGCCGCUUACGAGUGAGCAGCUGAGCCUCGCUGCUUUUGUCACGGACGCAACGACAGGUGCUGGAGUGCAGAACCUUGGAGUGUCAAUCUUCGCAUCGUCAUGCUAGAUGUUGCAGAAAGCUCAAGACAAGCGUUUCAAUUGAAGAAUGAAGGUGGGUACAUCAAUGGUGUAUUCAUCAUCGAUCCAUCAGAUGCAGUAAAGGAAAGCACAGAAAAAGGCAGUGCACGCGACCACCAACAGAAGCAUGCCUCGAUGCCGACCAGAAGCCUGUUGGUCGUUAUUCGCCAAAGCCAAUGGAUGCUGCCCUUGAUCUACACUCACAUCUGGAUGUCCGCUGCCUUUGCAAUCAUGCAACCAUUUUUCCCGCCUUUGGCUGCUGCUGGUGGUCUGGAGGCUUGGAAGUACGGCUUUUUCUUUUCUGCCACUAAGGUCGCGAUGUUGCUGGGAUCUGUGCUAAAUCAACGGCUUAUGGCCAUUACAUCACCACGGAAGUGCUAUUUGGCAGGACAGAUUGGUUAUAUGUUAUUUACUGUACUUCUAGGGCUUAUGUACUGGUCACCCGGCGGCAAAGUUUUCCUUGGCCUCUGUCUAGUACUCGCCAUCGUUGGUGGCUUCUUUUCUACCGUGUACAUCGUUUCGGCGUACUCUGUUGUCACUGCGGAGUUUCCGGUGCACACGGGACUCAUAAUUUCUACAAUGGAAUUCAUGUGGGGCGCAGGAUCUAUGAUCGGGUCUGGCAUCGGCGGUGUGCUAAUAGACGCCUGGGCUUUUCCUCUGCCCUUCUUCGUAAUGGCAGCACUGGUGAGCUUUUCACUCCCAUGGACGACCCGCUCGCCAAAGAUACCCGACAAACCUCUAGAAGAGGUUGAACAGCAUUCAAGCUCCGAGUCUCCAAAAAACCAGGAGAAUUUGUUCAAGCUACUCAUCGACCCUGUGUUCAUAAUUGACAUGGUUACGGUGAUGUUAAGUUGGAUCAUCAUGGGAUUUAAUGAGCCUACAUUAGAGCCACACCUGAGACAGUUUGGCCUAGACACAACUGAGCUUGGUGUCGUAUUCAUGGUUCAGUUCGCAAGCUAUACUGUCGCAGCCCUUGUCCUUGGUAUUUUGUGCCAAUUAAAGAUGGACGCGUUCUGUGCCUUUUUGGGCCAGUUUGUGACAGUGUUCGCUUAUCUUAUUCUAGGGCCAGCGCCCUUCAUCACAACAGAAGCGACUAUGUGGAUGGUAUACCUAUCUCAAGUGUUCACGGGAGCAGGCAUGGCCGGGCAAUUUGUUUGCAGCUAUUGUCAUUCAUUGAAGCACGCUGUGGCAAGAGGAUACUGUGAUGACAUAAAGACAACAUCGUUCAUUUCCACCAUAGUAAUUACAAGUCUCGUGUUUGGGGCUACAGUGACACCUCCGAUUGCCGGAUACCUUGUUGAAAGAUUUGGCUAUAAAUCAGGAUCAAUGUUUUUGUUUGGACUUCUAGUUAUAUGGACACCAGUUACGCUCAUCCAGUGGUUGGCGUCAUCAUGCAGCAACAGAAGAAAGAAACAAUCAAAAACGGUGCCACGCGUCUUAUAUCGGGAGCCUACAUUAUGUGUACGUGGCUGAGUUCACAUUUAGAUGAGCAUUUUAGAUGAGCCGGAAGGCCAUCUGGCCCGCCUAAAGACACCAUGAACUAAUUCCCCCCACCUGACGAAAUAAUGUUGUUUUUAUCUCUCUCUGUCUUUCUCUCGAGAACUUGCUAAAGCUCUGCGACGUGGCCUGCAGGCAUGUUUUACAUAAAUAAAUGUUAUA